CACCCAGGCUCCAUGUAUUUCUGAAGCCACUUGGUGACUGCCCAGAGCUGAGUGCUGUCACAUGAUGGUCUCAGGUGCACUGACCGAGGUGGCCUGGGAGAAGCAGGGAUCUCAAUGUCUUAGGGACAAAGGAAGAACUUGGAUGAGCUCCAGUAGCUCGUCUCAAACCUAUUGACCUUGGAGCGAGAAGGUAGAUCUUGCCUCUGCUAAAGCAGUAAUGGCUUUCCACAUGGAACUAUUUAUUUCAAUUUAAAUAAAGUUUAAAGUCUGUUCUUUAGUCCCACUGUUCCAUGCCAGAUGCUUGAGAGCUCAAGUGACAAACAGAACGGCUGUUCCAGCAUCACAGGUUGGAUAGCGCUAGGACUCGCAAGUGACAGCUGGGUGGACGGGAAGGAAAGCAGACGUGUGCGUGUCCUGACUCGGUUCUGAACCUGGUGCUGAGCAGAGAGGAGGUGUGGCACGAGCAUUCCCCAGUGUGGGAUGCUGGCUGGCUCCAGGCUGCCAGUGGGCACAGCCUCCCUGCCUUGGGUGAGAGUUAGGAGUGCCAAUAGGCUUCACUAUCACCAAGCAGGGACCUCUGGGAAUUCCAGGAUGGGUUGUCAGGGACGCUUCCGAGGGGCAAGCUGGUGGUGAGGGGAGGGAGGGUUGGGGUGGGGAUGGCCUGUGUGGCUGUCAGCCCUUUAUGACAGGACCUCUGUGACCUGCCUGUCCCCUGCCUUUCUGAGCUGUCACACCAUCUGUCGAGCACAUGGCUGCAUUCUGGCUUUGUAGCACAUAGGCAGGGUGCUCCCGGUGAAACUGGGUGGACACGUGCACAUGGCGGCUGGUCACUCAGCAGCUGUCGUAAGAGGGCGCAGUCUGCCUCAGCCAGGCAGAACCCUGGGUUUUCACAGAUCUGUCCCUCAAGGUCCAAAGUUCCUCAAGCCAGGUUGGUAGCCUGAUGAGGAUGCGGUGGGUGUCUGCCAGGCCCUGCCUGGGGGCUUGCCUUUGGAAAGCUCAGACGAGCCUGGAGUGGCGCCUGGGGUUGUUGGAAGGUGGUGGUACGGUUAGUCUUCAAACCAGGUAGGGGGAACAACUCUAUCCUGAGACUUGGAAGAGCUGGGCGUUGUGCUGCAUUGCCCUUGCCUGGGGCUCCUGUGAGCAGCAGAGAGAUAAGGUGGAGCUGCACCCAAGGGAGAAGCUGCCAUCUCGCUGGGUGUCCAGAAUCACCCCUCCGUGGAUUGUGAGGCCAGUCACUUAGCAUCUCUUGGCUUUGGUUUAUUAGAGGAUGCUGCCACUCCAGAAGGACUUGAUGGUCCUGGUCUGGGGUUAACCAGCUAGCGACCCAUUAGUUUCCUCUGCAGCUGACUCACAAUGAGCUGGGUUUUUCUUUGCAAGUUUCAGGGCUUGGAGCUGAGUUCUGCACCUUGUUGCCCACUCUCAUCCCCUUAAGAUGCUCUGCCUUUAGGCUCCUCUCCAUUUCUCCUGGGAGCUGCUUUGUGGAGCUCAAGUAGCUAGAUCAACACACUUAACACCUGUAGCCCUUGUAUUCCUUUGCUUGCUCAUUCCCCCACCUCAACUCCUGUUGAGCUGCAAGUUCAGAUCAGCUGCCAUUUGUCAGUGCGUACCCUGUUCCUAGUGUGUGGUACCCUAGAAUGAAGGGAGAAUGACCCAAGCCUCAGGCACUCAGGAACAACCUGAGAAACCAGCAUGCCCAUACUAACGGGUGGCUCAAAGCUGCCUUUCUGGCAGGUGAGGCCUGGAUCCCCACUCGCUGGGGGAAGGACCACUGGAGCACCCAGAGAUCCACUGCAGCUCCCGAACCUGGCUGCCACACUUUGUAUGCCUAGAGAAUGGUUUCCAAGGCGACAGUAACCAGAGGGCGGGGCCUGGGACCAAGAGCGCCUGCUCGCCAAGGCUGCGGCGCACCAAGGGAGGCGGUGAGGGCGCAUGCAGGGCCCUGGCUGCGGAGUCCUGCUUCUGAGCGCAGGGAAGCUGGGGCCUGCACGCCUGGGCUCCGCCUCCUGGUGCUACCCAGAGGGCGGCUUGGGGUACGGCUGGCCGGGGGAACGACAGCCACCUGAGCCCCGUGUCAGUUCCGCUGCCCCCUGGCCCUGGGUGCGCCACUCCCGGCGGCGGCUGGGGCUACCAUCGCCCGGGCGGCUGCCGUGGCCUGGGACCGCCUCCACCCAGCCGGAGGGGGAUUGUGUGAGCGGCAGCCCCGCCCCUGUGCACCCUUUGGAUCAAGCCUUCCAGAAGCUUUCCCAGGGUCUGCAUCCCAAGAGCACCUCAGAUCCUCGCUCCCUCGGCCCCCUGCGCUCUCCGGCCCUAGAUGAUGACCUGCCGCGGGACGGUUCCUCUUGCCUCUGGGGUGGAUUCUCCAAGGUGUCUCACCACAUGGGCCGCCUCAAAAACGCCAAAAUCCACGUGGAGAGAGCUGUCAAGCAGAAGAAGAUCUUCAUGAUCCAGGGCCACUACCCGGUGAUCCGCUGCCUCCUGCGCCAGAGGGGCUGGGUGGAGAAGAAGAUGAUCCAUCAUAUGGGCGCCCCAGCUCUGCUACCGCCCCAGAAGGAGCUGGACAACUCGGCCGCGGGUGACAGCGACACCCCUGAGAAUGAAGAUGAAGACGACCAGGAGGAGUUUCAACCACCACAGCCAUUCAACUUUGAAGGGUUUCUGGAAUGCGGCGAUGUGGAAGGGACACAUGCCUUAAUGUCCCGCAUGGUUCGUAAUGAGACCCCCUACUUCAUCUGGACCACUCGGCGGGAUGUGCUGGACUGCCGUUUCCUCUGCAAGGACCAGAUAAUAAACCACUACGCCCGGGCUGGUGCCUUCACCACAAAGGUAGGCCUGUGUCUCAAUCUCCGUAACCUGCCCUGGUUUGAUGAAGCUGACGCCGACUCCUUCUUCCCACGCUGCUAUCGCCUGGGGGCCGAGGAUGACAAGAAGGCCUUCAUAGAGGACUUCUGGUUGACGGCCGCCCGCAGCGUGCUCAAGCUGGUGGUGAAGUCCGAAAGGAAGUCGCAUUCACACCAGGCCAAGGAGGAAGAGGCCCCAGGAGAAAAACAGCUCAAGAAGACAGAGAAGAAGAUAGCAACUGUGACCCCAGAGUUUGUAGACAAGGCUCUGAGUGUGUGUGAGGAGCACCUUAGCACCCUGGCACACCUGGACAUCGACAGGGAUGUGGGGGUCCCCCUGUACUUGGGUCCCGAUGGCUGGGCCCUCUUCCUGCAGCGCUACUACCAAGUGGUCCAUGAGGGAGCAGAGCUCAGGCACCUGGAGACACAGGUGCCACGCUGUGAGGACAUCCUGCAGCGGCUGCGGGCCGUGGUGCCCCAGAUGGACAUGGAGGGAGACCGCAACGUGUGGAUUGUGAAGCCAGGAGCCAAGUCCCGUGGACGAGGCAUUACGUGCAUGGACCACCUGGAGGAGAUGCUCAAGUUGGUAGACUGCAACCCGCUGAUGAUGAAGGAUGGCAAGUGGGUGGUGCAGAAGUACAUCGAGCGGCCCCUGCUCAUCUUUGGCACCAAGUUCGACCUGAGGCAGUGGUUCCUGGUCACUGACUGGAACCCCUUGACCGUGUGGUUCUACCGCCACAGCUACAUCCGCUUCUCCACACAGCCCUUCUCCCUGAAGAACCUGGACAAUGCGGUGCACCUGUGCAACAACUCCAUCCAGAAACACCUGCAGAACUCAUGUCACCGGCAUCCCCUGCUGCCAGCGGACAACAUGUGGUGCAGCCAGAAGUUCCAGGUCCACCUGAAGGAGAUGGGGGCCCCGCAUGCCUGGGCCACCAUCAUUGUGCCUGGCAUGAAGGCUGCCGUGAUCCAUGCCUUGCAGACCUCACAGGAUACAGUGCAAUGUCGCAAGGCCAGCUUUGAGCUCUAUGGGGCCGACUUUGUGUUCGGUGAGGACUUCCGCCCCUGGCUGAUCGAGAUCAAUGCCAGCCCCUCCAUGGCACCCUCCACGCCCGUCACCUCCCGGCUCUGUGCCAGCGUGCAAGCUGACACCUUACGUGUGGUCAUCGACCGGCGGCUGGACCGCACCUGCGACACAGGAGCCUUCGAGCUCAUCUAUAAACAGCCUGUUGUGGAAGUGCCCCAGUACAUGGGUACCCGGCUGCUGGUGGAGGGCUGCACCAUCAAGAAGCCCAUGGCACUGUGUCCCAGGCGGUUCAGGCUCCGCCCAGCACUCCCACACCUGCUGACCCAGCAAGGCUCUGGGGAAGGCAAGGACUCGGGGGCCCCCACCUCUUCUCGGAAUGCGACCAGGGCCAGAAGCCAGAGGCAUGCUGACAAGUCGGACUUCACCCCUAUCACCUCAGUCCCUGGGAAGGGGAAGAAAGGCAAGGCGAGAAGUGCCAAGGCCCUGGCUCACCCCAGUCUGCGCAAGUGGGACCCCUCCAGCUCCAGGAUGGGCUGCAUUCUCACCAUGACCUGGGCUAGUGGAGACAGGCAUCCCCACCCCCUGGAUCGCUUGCCACUGAGCCCGAAGAACCCCCAGGCCCUGGGUAAGACCAUUCCCCCAAAGCACCCCAGGGUCCCCCUUGCCAAGCCCCUCCCCUGCCAAAGAGCCACCAGAAAGAAGUAAAAGCCGACACUCAUGGAACCUUUUUCCUAGCUGUGUCCACUCCGGGCGGCGAUACAGGCCAUGCCCUUGCUUGCACGCAGUAGCCUCGGGAGGAAGGGGCCCUGAGCUGCCACACUGCCACCACCCAGCCUCCUUUGUCCUCCCAGCAGCCCAACCAGAUAGGAGCUGUUACCCCCGUUUUCCAGCUGAGGGAUCAGGAAAUGUAAGCAAGUUCCCCGAGGUUGCACAGCUCAGCAGGGGCAGAGCUGGGAUGCAGACCCAGGUCUGUUGGACUCUCAACCCUGCAUUUCCCCGCCCCCCCAUCCCUGGAGAAGGCCCCGGGAGGGCUCCAUGUGCCCUUCUACCCCACCCCACCUUCCGCACACACCUGACUGACAGGGCAGCUAGUCUGCCCUGGGCCCUCCCUAGGCCUCAGAGCCGCCCUUGCUCCCGCAGCCCCGUACCACCUCCCCAGUCUCCACGCCAAGGCCCGGCUGCCUUCUUCCCGUGUGCUCGGAGGCCAGGGGCAGG